AUGAAUUCUGGAAUUCAACGUGUACUCRUAAGGAGCUAUGACUCAUUGCCGAAUAAAACUAGUAAAGAGUUGUUUUUGCACAUCGCUUGUUUUUUUGUUGGAGAGGACAAGGAUUAUGUGGAACAGAUAUUGGAGCAUGAUUAUUGUGCACCAUCUGGGAUCCAAGUCCUAAACAGUAGAUGUCUUCUUUCUGUAUCACCAAACAACAAACUGAUGAUGCAUCAAUUGAUCCAAGAAAUGGGGAAAAGUAUAAUCCGUGAAGAAUCAAAACACCCUGCAGAACGUAGUAGAGUUUGGCUUAGUAGUGRCUCUCUCAAGAUCUUGAGCAAAGGAGAGGCAUCAGAUCUUAAGACAGAUUCACUUACAAAAAUGGAUAACCUAAAAUUGCUCCAGCUAAAUGAUGUGCAUCUCACUGGAUCCUACAAGGGAUUUUCAGAAGAUUUAAGAUGGCUAUGCUGGCGUCGGUUCCAUUUAACAGCUAUACCGUCUGGCUUAUUCCAGGGAAACUUGGUGACUAUAGAUAUGAGAGAUAGCAAGUUGGAAGUAUUUGAACCACCCAUCGUUCUUCAUUACCUCAAGACUCUAGAUCUUCAAGGCUCAAAGUCUCUGUCUGAAAUCCGCAAUAUAUCUCGUCUCCCUAAUCUUGAGACUCUGAUUCUUUGUGACUSUUCUAAAUUGGUUAAUGUUUGUGAAAGCAUUGGAAGCCUUAUGAAUCUUUGUAGUGAACAUGAUCAGUACCUGGAUUUAGGAGGAGGCGUGUUUGAAAGCUUGCCUAGUUACAGUCGUCUUAAAAAUCUUAGGGUCCUUGACUUGAGUUGCUGCAAUUUUCUUAAAUGGCUUACAUGUCUCCCAAGUGCACUUGCAGAAUUUUUGUCUGAAAUUGAAGGCUUUAUAAAAUUGGUGUUAAUAGCCAAACAUGUUCGAGCUGAUUUAGGACACAUGGUGUGGCUAAAAAAAUAUGAAUAUCUUAGGAUGCCCCUCUYUGGCGAUAGAAGGGAGGAUGACGAGCUCAGCGCUGUUGUCGGAAGCAAAAUCAAGAUGUUGUAUGAAUUCGGUAUAAUGAGCAYGUCUCUGCCAUACAUAGUGGAUCCAAGCCUAAUACAUGGAUACAUAUCAAAAUCACCAUCUUUGUCCUUUGAGGUUCCUUCAUGUCCCAAGAAUAGGAGGCUGAUAGGAAUGAACAUAAGYUUCAAAUAUACAGUAUCAUGUGAUUAUGAUUGGGCAUGGUUUGCUAAACUCAGUACCAACAGUGGUGUUGCUUAUAUAUACAACCCCCAUGUCUUUGAGAACCCUGGAGUUGGUGCAGUUGGUAUAUGGUUAAGCUAUUGGCCAAUUGGAAGCAAGUUAAACGUUGGAGAUGAAGUUAAUGUGUCUAUCGUUGAUGUUGUGAUGAAUGGAACAUUAAAGGUACACGAGUGUGGUGCAACUCUUGUAUACGAGAAUGAAGAUGAUACCUUGAAAAUUAACAUGCAACGGGAUUUGUCGACAUUCCAACUAAGAACAUGA